GAUCAUACUAAAUGCUGCCUUUUCAAAAAUUGAGUCUUCAUAGAAUUCCCUGCCUGUUGAAUCGAGACAACUUAAUUGUUGUAUACAAACAUAAGAAAAUUGCAUUCUACCUGAAAGGCAUUUUGAUGGUCACCAAUUUCGGUGUACACCCCCUUGGAAGGCUCCGCCUACACGCCAAUGUCGACUGAAUUCAUUGAGGGACAGGGACGGGGUCGAUGAAUACAGCCAGAGGAAGACAUUUACCAAGCCUGAAUGAGCAAAAACGGACUUGAGGGCACAAACGGACCACAUACAUUCUGAUCCACGUGGACACUGAAAUUAAAAUCUAUCCCGGAGCAGCUGCACAUCCGGCUAGUGUGACUAUCAAUAUACCCACAGGAGGGGAAGAAGAUGGCUGCAAACAUCCCAGGGCUGAUAGCUGUAGCUGUGUUUUAUUUGAUCAUUCUGGCAACUGGAAUAUGGGCCUCUCGAAAGUCCAAGCAAGAGGAGAAGAGAAUCACUGGGACUGGGACAGAAGUAACCCUGGUUGCUGGUCGGAAUAUAAAUCUCUUUGUGGGAAUUUUCACAAUGACGGCUACAUGGGUUGGAGGAGGCUAUAUUCUUGGUGCUGCCGCUGCUGUGUACAAUCCUACAAAAGGCUUGGUUUGGGCUUUAAUGCCUUUGCAAUAUUUCAUAAACUUCUUUGUUGUUGCAAUUUUCUUUGCCAAGCCAAUGAGGGAUAAGAAGUAUGUAACUAUGAUGGAUCCUCUCCAGCUGAAAUACGGGGAAACUCUAACCUGCACUCUUCUGAUUCCUGCGGUGAUUGGUGACGUGCUGUGGGUAGCAUGCAUCAUGGCAGGUUUAGGAGGAACCAUCAGCAUCAUUCUUGAUGUAUCAUCCUUCUACACGAUCUGCAUCUCAGCUGCUGUGGCGAUAAUCUAUACGCUUCUUGGGGGAAUGUUCUCUGUGGCCUACACUGAUGUCAUACAGCUUGUCUUGAUCUUUUUUAGUUUGUGGCUGUGCGUUCCUUUCCUGAUGCUGAAUCCAGCCUCCACUGACAUCACACUCACAGCAUUCAAUGGGACCUUCCAAGCUCCUUGGAUGGGAACAUUGGGGCUAGAGGAUGUGGGGCUGUGGAUGGAUGAAUUUCUAGUUCUGAGUCUAGGAGGUCUGGCCUCUCAAAUUAUACAUCAGAGAAUUCUGUCAGCAGCAUCAUCCAAAGAGGCCCAAGUAACAUGUUUUGCUGCAGCAGGAUUUUGUUUUAUCCUGGGCAUUCCUUCAGUGCUUCUUGGGGCAGUAGCUGCAUCAACAGACUGGAACAUGACCAGUUAUGGUUCUCCCUCUCCUUAUGAACGUGGUGAAGCAGGUAAAAUUCUCCCAAUCGCUCUACAGCACCUCACUCCCAACUACGUCUCCAUCUUGGGGAUUGGGGCUGUAGCAGCAGCAGUGAUGUCAUCCAUGGACUCUUGUCUCCUCUCCUGUGCUUCCUUAUUUACCAAUAACCUCUACAAGACCUUGAUUAGAAAGCAGGCUUCUGACAGAGAGCUGCAGUGGGUGAUCAAGAUCUCAGUGACCGUAGCUGGGCUGGUAGGAAUGGGACUGGCCUUUUUAGGGAACAAUGCUCUGGCCUUCUGGAUUGUGGGUGCUGAUGUGAUGUACACCCUGGUUUUGCCUCAGUUUGUCUGCGUUCUCUUCUUCCCGGUGACCAAUGGUUAUGGUGCUGUUGGGGGUUACAUCCUGGGAGUGAUGCUGAGAGUGCUAAGUGGGGAACCCCUCCUCCACUUCAAUCCUGUCAUCCACUUCCCCGGCUGCAGGCUCAUCAAUGGUGUCUAUGUCCAGCACUUCCCCUGUCGGACACUAGCGAUGCUGGCGUCCCUGUGUUCUAACAUUCUGAUUUCCUCUGUGGCAUCGCUGUUGUUUGAAAAAAGACUCCUGCCAAAGAGGUGGGAUAUACUGCAAGUCAAGACCCACAGUACACCCAGUAGAGCUGAAGAGAAACCUAAUGUGGACAACAAGCAGCCAGCAGUUUCUGAUCAACUGCUUGACACAACUUGUUAGAUUCCAUGUUUUUUACUCUGAAAACCACACAUUAUUCAGUGCAUAAUUCCACCACUAUUUGGAACUUGCAUAUAACACAUCUAAUAUAACUGAAUAGUGAUUAAUAUUGUAGAAGUAGUGCUUAUUAAUGUAUGUGUGUAAGCAAUGUAAAAGUCAACUCUAAUCAACUCUGAAUAGGAACAAGAAGGUAAAUGAUUGAAAUUAUUUGUGUUUUAGUUUAAUAAGAACAAACAUCAACAAGCAACAAAAAGGCUGCCGAUUCAUGAAUUAUAUUAUGAAAAUGAAUUGGGUGGGAAAAGUUUAUUUUAAUUUUUUGAAUGGAGCUGCUCAUAUUUAUAUAUAUCAAAACAUAGUUGCUACAGUAAUUACUUUGGUUUAUAUAGCCUACACAAACUACACUCUGACCACUUUAUUGGGUAUACCUGUACACCAGCUUGUUAAUGCAAAUAUUUAAUCAGCACCUUCAGCCAAUCAUGUGGCAGCAACUAAAUGCAUAAAAGCAUGCAGACUGGUCAAGAAGUUCAGCUAUUUUUCAGACCAACCAAACCUUUAAGUGGGUAGGCUACAGCAGCAGAAGACUUAAGUCUAAAAAAUAUGUUUAAUAAAUACCUAAUAAAGUGCUCACUGAGUAUAUAUCGCAUAUAUAUAUAUAUGCGUCUGUGCUCAAACGGAAAAAAAUUGUAUUGACAUACUGUACACUGUAA